AUGUCUCUCAGUCAAACCAACUACAAACUGGACGAAGCUCAGGCCAUUUUCACUGAACUCCGCAGCAUCAAGAAGGACAUCAUCUGCUGCGAGAAGGAGAGGCAGGACCUCCUCCAGAGCCUGGCGAAGCUGACGGAGACGUUCCAGAGCGACGUGUGGGACGUGACCCAGAGUGGGCUGCGGUUCUGCGACACGGGCUCCCAGACCGAGCCGCUGGGAGAGUUUGGCUCACAGGACUCGGUGCACACGGUGGACAAGGUGAAACUCCACUGGCAGUACGAGGAGGCCAAGAAGAAGGUGCAGAGUAUACAGCAGCAGUUGGCUCAGUUGGACAGUGAGAGUUGGAGCGGUCGAGCUGAAGCCGACAGAGACUUUCUGCAGCUGCUGAAGGAGAAGGAGGCUCUUCUGCAGGAGCUCACCCUCCUCAGCAAACACCAGGACAAACACCAUCCUCCAGACUCCGCCCUGAGGCUGGAGCAGGAGCGAAGCCGCCUGGAGGAGGAGCUUCAGAGGGCCCAUAGCUCCCAGAGCCAGGGAGCCAACCACAGGGUUCUGCAGCAGGACAAGAGGAACCUCCUGCUGAGACAACUGGAGGAAGCCACACGCCUCACCACAUACCUGCACUCCCAACUGAAAAGCCUCUCGGCCAGCUCCCUGACCGUCUCGUCCAGCAGCAGUCGUGGUUCUUUGGCUUCGAGUCGCGGAUCUUUGGCUUCGAGUCGUGGUUCUCUGAGCUCCAUCAGCUUCAGCGACAUCUAUGGCGUUCCCCAAUACGAGCGCCACGAAGGGGACCCCUUGGACCCCCACCUCCUCUACCUCCUGUCCCAGGACAUGUUCCCGGCUGACACACUGUCCCAGAGCAAAAGCAAACGUCCCCACGACACUCCUCAGUCUCUGGCCUCUCUGUCCUCGCGCUCCUCCUUGUCCUCCCUCUCACCCCCCAGCUCCCCUAUGGACACUCUCUCUGUCCCCCACGACUGUCUUCCGGACUGUCCCCUGACGCAGAUGACGGAGGAGUACAUGGAGCAGGCGGGACGGGGGCUGCUGGAGGAGAUCCGGGCACAGACACAACAUUCAGCCGGAGCUCAGCUGGGGGCGGAGGAGGCUCCAGGGGAGGGAGAGGCCCCCGCUCAGUCCAGCUCCACAGGGGUGACACUUCGUGGGAACAGUGUGAACAGAAGCGGCAGAAGAACCAGGCGGGUUUCCGAGGGGGUCUCAGAGGACGCCCUGGCCACAGACAGUGGUGUGUUCGAGGCCUGGGGCAGGAGGGCUGAGGAUGCAGAGGACCUCUCCUACAUGAAAGACUUGGCGUGUGUGAACGAGCCGCCUGUGAUCCAGCUGGGACUAUUGUGGGAGUCGGCCUCUCAGUCUCUGCGGCUACAUCUGCUGCAGCUCAAGAAUCUAGACAAGUCUAUGGUGAAAGACGGUUUUAAAGUGUAUGUGAAGGUGCACCUGGUUCCACUGGAUGUGUCUCAAGCGUGUGCGUUUUACUGCUGCGCGGCGCUGGAGCCUCAGAUUGUGAUGAGUCUUAACGAGGGGUUCCGGAUCCCGGUCCCACAGAACGCUCUAUCCCUGAGCUCGUUACAGCUGUCUGUGUGUGCACUGGGACCUCAGGCACAGGACCAUCUGCUGGGCAAAGCACAGCUGGGUCUGUCGGACUGUGAGAGGAGCUUGGAGAUGUUGUACCACUCUCUUCAGCUGCAGAUCCUGAGUCCAGAGUCCGAACCUGAUCCUAGACCUGAUCCCAGACCUGAUCCCAGGACCCAACAACAAAAGGAGGGCCCAGAGGAGAGACCCCGUGUCCUGGACAAGGUGUGUAGUCUGUUGUCCCGAUCCAACUCUCACCGGGACGAUCCGGAGACUCAGAGGAACAAGGAGCAGCGGCAGAUGGAGAGGGGCUGGCAGGCCGAGUCUGUGGACAGUGGCUGCAGUAACAGCAUCGCCUUCACUGCGCUCUGUGCGGAGGGGAUCUGUGCUGACGGGACGUGUCUCACCACUGGUGGGCGCUAUGACAUCUUACCCACCAAACCACCUGCAGUCAGGGUGGAGAAGGCGACCAUGACCGAGGGAGGGUUUGCAGAGGCGAUGCGAGUACGUCCCAAGGACAGAGGGGGGCGCUGGAGCCACUCCCCAUUCAUGAGAGGCAGCACCAUCGUCCGCUCACAGACCUUCUCUCCAGGGGCACGCAGCCAAUACGUCUGCAGGUUGUACCGCAGCGACAGUGAUAGUUCGACUUUACCAAAGAAAACUGCUUUUGUUCGAAACACGGUGGAGAGGAGGACGCUACGACACAAACAGCAGUCAUACCGCUCGUCGCUGCCAGAACGUCCCACUCGUACGUCUCUGGACCUGGAGCUGGACCUCCAGGCCUGCAGGGUGCGCCAGAGGCAGCUGCUGGAGGAGCUUAGCGCACUGCGGGAACUGAAGCAGCGGUUGGAGGACCCUAAGAACAGUGAGAACCGAGAUAACCAAGAGCACCGAGAGAACCCGGAGAACCGAGAGAACAGAGAGAACCGAGAGAGCAGAGAAAGCAGAGCCCCAGAGCCGCCUCACUGGGCGCUCCGCGACGAGCGCUUCACCCGGCUGCUGAGGGAGGCGCACAGACAGGCGAGCCAAAGCAAACAGGAGCAGCUCCAGGAGGAGGCAGCGGAGCGGAGGCUGAGGAAGGCGUCCAAAGAGGUGCUGCAGAUGAGGGGGCAGAGCAAGGAGCCGCUGCCCAUCCAGACCUUCAGAGAGAAGAUGGCGUUCUUCACCAGACCUCGCUUCCACAUCCCUCCUUUUCCAGCGGACGACGUCUGA